AAUAGAACAGAGGGCCUGGACGAUGAGAUGCUGCAAGAAUUGUCGAAUGGGUCUCACUCCCCAGCUCACUCCUCAGCGUGUCAUGAGGAACACAAGCCUCAUGAUGGUAUACGGUUGGUGUCUCUGAGAUGGAGCGAGGUGGGCGUCUACUAUACUAUAACUACCUUUGUUAUUAUUGCUGGCUUUACAAAGUUAGGUUUCCACCAUCUUCGAUGGGUCUCCAGCAGAGUACCAGAGUCAUGUGUGCUUGUUGUACUCGGGGUAAUCCUUGGUCUUAUUGUGUUCUUCACCACACGCAGUGAAGACAACACACUGGACCAGGGCAAGAUGCCUCAGUAUGUGCAUCCCAACCACACAACUCAUAUGUCUGCUUAACCCUUCUCAUGAUGAUAACAAGUGACUUGCAUGCCCAGAUGCAUGAUAAAAGCAUCUGUGGGGAUUGGAAAGUGAGGCUCAAAAGGAAGUUGAAACCCAGUGUAAAUCAGUAAGUUUACUUAGAUACAGGUACACAUAAGUACAAUCAUCAUACAUAGUGUAAAUUACCUAGAACAAUCCAAAGAAGUUAAAGUGACUUACUUUCAUCUGAAUCCUGGAGUGACCUUGACAACCCUAUGAAGAGUGCUCCAAAAAUGCUUUGCAUAACCAGGGUUUUUUCCUGUAUAACUUAUAGCCCAUUAUGAGACAAAAUUUCACAUGACGGUCAUCUACUGAGGUUGGGUGUCCCCAAAAAAGGAAGAGACACUCAUUGUCAUUCAUUCAGUUACUGUCUUAUAACACUGAUACUGUAUUUCUUGGAAAUAAACAUUUUCUUUUCAUUUUCAUGGUCAGAGGCCGACAGCAGAGUGGGCAUCAAGGAGAUAAUUCCACCCACAUGUCUUCAAUCCUGAAGCCUUCACUAAUUGGCCCUCCAACUCCUUCCAAAGAUUAUCCUUGGAAUAAUGUACAAGAAUUCUAAUAGUACUCCAUGGGAAAGUGGAGAAGACCGCCUUCCUCCAUGAUCCGUGUAUAUUGUAAGAGGCGACUAAAAUGCCGGGCUAGUAACCCCUUCUCCUGUAUACAGUAUAUUACUAAAGUUAAAGUUUGUUUUUCUUUUUGGGCCACCCUGCUUCAGUGGGAUAUGACCAGUUUGUUGAAAGAAGAAGAAAAAGAUGAUGGCCUUUUCUAAAGGCAUUUCUUCUUUUUCGGGCAACCCUGCCUCGGUGGGAGACUGCUGGUGCAUCAAAAAAAUUAUAAUGGUGAAAAACUGAGGCAGGAAAGGCCAUAUUUGUCAAUCCUUCACAAGGGUUCCUUCCUACACAGUCUUCUAGAUCAUCUAAGAAAUGAAAAACUGCUCUCCACCAGGAGGUUGCUGUGUCAUGGGUGCAAUUACAAAUGAUGAACAGUAACAUGAUCAAGGCAAAAUUGACGAAAAAAAGGAGGCAGGAUAGAAUUAUUAUUUUUUUUUUUUAUCCUUAAACUGUCCAAAAAGAUCUAUGUUCACAUGCAUAGUGCUUCAAAAGUAGAUCUAUGUUUUUUACUUAUUUCCAAAUAUAACAAAAAAAAAAAAAGGUAGAUCAAAUUUUUUUUUUACAUGUUUUCAAGU